AGAGAAAACAGAGAGAGGAGAGAGAGAAAAGAAGAAGAAGGAAUACUAAAGUCUCCGUCAAAAGUUGGGCUCUGCUUUUCAGCCUCGGAGCGGCCGCCUGUCUUUCAGCCCGAAUCCGCGACCAGAGCAGGUGGAUGCUGUCAUGCCAUUUGGGUGCCUUGCCCUACGAGAUGGGCGGACGUACCACAGCCUAUCAGACAUCACAGACAAAUACGAGAUCGGACAGGUCCUAAAGGCGAAGGAGUUUUGUGAGCUGUGCCUGGUGAAAGAACGGCAGACGGACAAGGUCUAUGCGUGCAAGAAAUUCCUCAAGAAGGAUGGCAGGAAAGUACGGAAGGCAGCCAAGAACGAGAUCAUGAUCCUGAAAAUGGUCAACCAUCCAAACAUUCUGAAGCUGAUAGAUGCGUUCGAGACCAGGAAAGAGUUCUACAUCAUCCAAGAGCUGGCCACAGGUGGAGAUGUGUUUGAUUGGAUCCUGGACCAGGGGAACUACACAGAGAGAGAUGCUGCCAACGUAAUCCGGCAGGUCCUAGAGGCAGUGGCCUACCUCCAUUCUCUCAACAUAGUCCACAGAAACUUAAAGCUGGAAAACCUGAUGUACUACACGGAAAAUAACCACAACAAAGUGGUUCUGCGGGAUUUCUACCUGUCCAGAUUUGAGAAUGGCUCCAUUACUGAACCCUGUGGAACGCCGGAGUACCUGGCCCCGGAGGUGGUGGCUCGACAUCGGUACGGAAGGCCAGUGGACUGCUGGGCUGUAGGGGUCAUCAUGUACAUGCUGUUGUCAGGAAACCCUCCUUUCUAUGAUGAGACAGAAGAGGAGAACACAGACAUGCACAACCGUAUCAUCUUCUGCCGGAUUGUCGCUGGAGACUUUGAGUUUGACUCUCCUUACUGGGACGACAUUUCACCUGCUGCUAAAGAGCUGGUGUGUAGGCUGAUGGAGGUUGACCAAAUGCUAAGAAUUACAGCACAGGAUGCACUGUGGCAUGAGUGGAUUGCUGGAAACGGUGCCUCAGAAAAGAACUUGAAGGAUGGCGUGUGCGCUCAGUUUGAGAAGAACUUUGCCAAGGCCAAGUGGAGGAAAGCGAUCCGAGUCACCACGUUUAUGCAGCGUCUUCGCGCCUCGGACAUGGGCUCUUCGGAAGGGGCACCAGAGGGGCAGGGGGAGGGGGUCAAAGCUGAUGGAGUCGAGAGUAAGGGUGUCUCCGCUGAAUCAGUGACCGUAUCGCAUGAGGUGACAGUGGAAAACAGACCAGUUGAGGAUCAAGAGGAGAAAAAAACGCAGGAGGCAAAAGAAAGAAUAGUUGCUCAGUCAACGGCUGAGGAGAAGAAAAUACAAGAGAAGAAAAAAGAUCAAGGAAUUACUCCUUCACACUCUGAAACGAUGAAGCCCUUUGCUCAAACAAGCUCCUCAACCCAAACACAAGGGGAGGAGCAGGACAAAGGGGAAGAAAAGAAAGCGACUGGGGAUGACUCUCGCAAAACGGCGGCUCCUUCUGGCCAAGACAAACCCACCAUCACUGAACCCACCAAACCCUCUGACUGUCAAGGGAACAAAGUCACUUCAGAGAAAGAAACCUCUACUCCUAGCAGCUCAGAGAAGAAAGCGACAUCUUCCCCCGAUACCCCAAACCGUCGCAAAAUGGCCGCCAACCUUUCUCUGGAUCAUGGCUCAGGGGCUGGUCCCAAGAUUAGCAGUCCAGCGGCUGCUGACAAAGACCAGCCGGGGAGUGCGGCUGAGGAGAAGGCAGAAGUAGCAAGAAAGCAGCAGGAGGUAUCUCCUGAUAGCUGGUGUCAGACCCAGCUUCCAGAGGCAGUAGCAGAGAGGCAAGUAGGGGCCAAAACAAUAGGAGAGGUCAGUCCAAGGGGCAGAGACAAGGAAGGAGGCAAAACAAACAGGUCCAGUCAGUCAGCUCAGUCCGGAAAACAUGCGCAUUGUCCUUAUGGAGUGGUAGGCUCCUCAAGUUUGGGCCGUAACAAGACAGCAUAUAUGCAGGAACAAAGAGAGCUUGGCCAUGGAGCUUCAUAUGGAAGUUCGUGCUGCUCUCCCUACUCUGUGGGCAGUGGGGCAGUGUACAGUGGUCUAGAGCAAGCCGGAGGAGCCAGUUCUGACUGGCAAAUGGACAGCGUGAUUGAACAGAUUGAAAAGCAAAUGGCCGCAGUGCUUGAGAAGAUCGAAGGUGAUAUGCCCUCACUAUUGGAGCAGAUAAGCGACUGUCCUGAGACCCUUCCAAGGGCCAAAAGUGCCAACUCUUCUCCCUCAACCCGCCCUCGCUCCUACCAACAUCAUUCCACCCCACCACCUCUUCCCACCACCCCUCGGCCACCCAUGCCCUCUUUACCGCACCUAACCAUCCCCCCACCUUCCUACCCACCACCAUCCCCACCCUCCCAUAUCCAGGUGCACAGUCAACCGGCUGCUGACCAGGAGGAGAGAGAUGGGCAAAGAGGUGCUGCACGACUGGGUCAGUCACCAAGGGGAGGGGUGUCAGGGAGGGGUUUAUGAAGCCUACAUGAGCGCAGGGACAAACCACAGUAGGUAAAUCUUGAGAGAGACUUAAAGGAAUACUCCAGCUUUUUUGUCCUAAUCUCUGUCUGCUGCAUCUGUAGCAUGUGGUCAGUUAACACAGACAGACAUAACAACACCUUAUGUUGUAAAAUGUCAAAAAGAAUGAAAAAAACAUGUCCAUGAUAAUGCUAAUUGAUUUGUUAGCGCCUCUAUGGAAUUGUAAAGUGUUAGCGCUAAGCUAACAGCAGUUCACAUUAGCAUUUUUUGGCCGUUCUAGAUUAAACAGGGAGAUUUGAAGCUUGUAAAAGAUAUUCCAUGUUUUAUGUAAAGCUCUUAACAGACAUAUUAACAUAUAUUUUACCUUGUAUGUAGCAGUUUUGCAGUGACUCCUUUCAGUAGGCCUGGGAUAGGGCUGCUGCCACUCUUUUCCAUUUCUAACAAGUGAUUGAAUCCUCACCAUAUCUGCAGGCAGUGACGUAUCUAGAACUUCCAGAGGGCUUUUUCUCACAAAAUUGGUCCCACACAUCGGAAAUGAAAAGGUGAUUGAUUCCAUUGUCAGUUCUUUAUUAUGUUAGUGGUUAAUCUGAUGCUGGGCCUUCAGUUCAGCUUCUGAAGUCCAAACCAAUGGGAGAGCUCACUUGACUGUAUCUACCUAGAUGCCACAGAGAAAAAAAAGUUUUUUAAUUUCAUAGAAAACAUUAGAAUGGAUCCUCUGAAUUUACAGAAGGCUCUGAGGGUUCCUCUGAGAGCUCCUUCGGGUAACAAAAUAGAAAGCCCAUUGACAUUUUAGGUUUUUCUGACUGAAACACUUAAAAACUACUGUCUGUGGAAUUUGACCACAUGCUACAGAUGCAUCAGUUAGAGAUUAGACCAAUAAACACUGGUGGGUGUUAGACCAUGGAUUUCAAAGUAGCAGCUAAUAUUUCAAGGCUGUACAAAGUUUUUUUGGGGGGCGUGGGGUGGGUGGGGAGGGGUGCACUCAGAUACAAAUUAUAGAAUAGCUUUGUUUUCUUAGCAUUUGUUGAGUCAUGACCAGCUGCGUGAGGAAGGUUGCUCCUUGCAGAAAGGGACAAUUACAUGUUUGAGGCUUUGGGGACUGUUACUAACACAGAAUUAGAGUGUAACAUCCCUUUGUGUGCAUGUUCAGACCUACACCACAUAACGAUCGACCCUGUGCUGAGGCCUCUGCCGGAAACAGCUGUAAAUACUUCUAUUCUGGUAGCAGACGCUGAUCAUUUCAUAAUCAUUUACCACACACAAUCAGAACAGAGCUUAUGAAUGCAACACCCUUAUAGAUUUGUACAGUCUAACAUAAAGUUUAACCUAAAACAGAUAUACUCUUAUUAAUGUAUUUAUAUUUUUAAUGUACUUUAUCCAUCAUAGAGUUUGCUUUAGAUACAUUGAAGAUGAGGCAGUGCACCACUGCCAUGGUACAACGUUGCAAUAUGAGGUGCCAUUUGUUCAUCAAUGAAAUAAACCACAUGGGGGCGCAACAGGCUGUAUAAGGAAAAAUACUAUUUUUUGGUCCAAUUUCAGCCUAUUUGCAAUAGCCACUGAAAUGCCUGUUGGUUUAUUCUUAUUCUUGUACAGUUCAUUCUAUACAGACCUUUUAUGCAUGUCUUUCUACUCUCUCUCUCUCUCUGUUAAGUCGUAAUACGAUAAACUGUACAAAAAGAUGUAUUAUGUGCGUCCGAAUAUUAGUAGAGUCAUACACCUAUCUGCUAACUUCAGGAGGCUAACCAAGACUUUCCCUUCUCCUUUGUUUGCUGUGAUGUACAUCCUCCAUGUUUGGUCAAUGUUCUUUUUUCUCUUGCUUUAUUUUUGUUAUUAUAAAUAUGACUAAUUUUAUGAAAUGUAUAGUUAUUUAUUAUAAUCUUCCCAAAGUCUAAGUGUAACAGCCUCGCUUCUGUGUUCUGUAACUCUAGCGUCCCCCUUUUCAACUACUUUGUCAUGGUGAUGUGAAGACUCUUCCAAGCUACUUUUGCACUCUUUCUGCCAAGAUUUCAAUAAAAUGUAGACUAUAUCACA